AACUCAAUGAAGAGUUCCUGCUUUAAUUAACGCGCGUUGUUCCCCCUUUAUGCCCAAAAUGAAAACAUUAGGUUUCUUUUAACACCUGAUGUGUGUUAGAAGCCGCCAAAAGCCACCGGAUAUUCUGUCAAUAACUUUUCUAUUUAAAUCUGACACCAUGUGACGUUUUAUUGUAGUGUUUUCUUUCGUGUCAAAAAAAAAUCGUUGUUUUGUAUUUCACUUGAUCUUCGUGGAGUAAUGUUGUUGUUUCUUCUUUUUAAUUUUCUAUAAAUGUGUGAUGCUAUUUAAUACGAGAAGGUUUAUUGAUUGUGCCAUGGAUAUCAACACAUCGCUGGAUUGUUGACUUUUCUCAUUGGUCACAGUUGACUACAUACGAGCGAAAUGAGUCUUGGAUAACGGAUAAUUGCAGACAUGCCCCGGAACCAGACGAAGAUAAUCUAACGGGACCAGACCAGAUGAUGCUUGCUUGUGUUGAGCGAAAGACCAAUUAAGACUGCCAAGAGUUCAGAGAUGUAUAUAUUUCGGAAGCCACCUUAAAAGUAACGUCUGCAUUUCAGUAUUUCUCUGGUCGUUUACUUUUUGGAUAUAAACAUAUCAACAUUCAAUGUUAUAAACUCUUGCUGUUUGCUCUGCUACUGUUGACGAAAUAACACCCUGUGUUGUCAGGGAUGAAGGCUUCAAGCCAUGGGUACGGAAGGUCAACGUCGAUGUUUUCUGCAAAGAUCGGACCGUGAACUUUCCUCGAGUUCCAGGGACGGCUAAAAGACAUGAUGGAUCAAUACAUGGGGAUCCUGGUCAUCCCCGACGUCCACCCGAAUUCAUCGGUCAACGGUUCCGGCUCCGGAACGGAGAGCAGCAACUCGACUUUCCCCACGGGCACCGACGAAGGGCAGAUACUGCUGGAAAUUCUCGGGGCUAAGAGGAAGGAGUUGCGGUUCGUUGUGCUGCUGAUAGUCAUCUACAGCGUGGUCUUUGUCACGGGCAUCGUUGGCAACGUCUGUACCUGCGUCGUCAUCGCCAAGAAUGCCUACAUGCGAACUGCCACUAAUUAUUAUCUCUUCAGUCUGGCCAUGUCAGACAUCUUUACCUUGCUCUUCGCUCUACCCCCGGAGUUGUACAGUAUUUGGGAGGCCUAUCCCUGGCACUUCGGUGAGACUUUCUGCAUCUUUAAAACUUUUUUGAUGGAGAUGACUUCCUACACGUCUGUUCUGACCAUCACCAGCUUCACCGUGGAGCGCUACAUCGCCAUCUGCCACCCUAUCAAAGGGCAGAAGUCCUCGAGGCACUCCCGCGCUGUCAAGUGCAUAGUCUCCAUUUGGAUAGUCGCCGCCUGCUGCGCGCUGCCCUACCCGAUCCACACGCGGGUGUACACCUUCGUUCACCACCCACUUGACCACCGGCCCAUUCAGGAGUCGGUCGUAUGCAACAUUCCCUUCCAGUGGCAGCAGAGGAUGUCGUACAUUUUCCAGGUCUCCACAUUCGUCUUCUUCAUCAUCCCCAUGGUCGUCAUCACUGGAAUGUACCUUCUGAUAGGGAUGCGCCUCAGGAGCUCGGCCAUGACGGCUUCCUUUAAGCACCAAUCAUUGCCUUCAAAAACUGCAGCGUCCAGAGCAAGAAGAGCAGUGCUCAAAAUGCUGGUCGCUGUGGUCAUCGCCUUCUUUGUCUGCUGGGCUCCCUACCACGCCCAGAGGUUGAUGACGUUUUACAUUGAACGUGACCAGUGGACACAGGAGCUAAUGCUAGCCCAAAGUCAUCUGUUUUAUAUAUCAGGAGUGCUGUAUUUUCUAAGCUGUACGGUCAACCCUAUUCUCUACAACUUAUUAUCCAGAAAGUUUCGCCAGGCCUUCAAGCGGACCCUCUGCCGGUGCUGCUUCAAGCUUGACUCUCAUUCCAUUCCGGCCUUCUACAAGCUCAAGGCCAAGUUCGUCGGCACCGAACGGCGUUCCCCGGGUCUGAAUAACAGUAACACUUGCUACCUCUACCCGGACAACGGGAUACGCCUGGCUAAGUUCACGGAAAACGACGCCAGAAAGGGACUCAGGCACCUGCCUUACGGCUACGCCCACCCAUCCACCAACGAGACCUCGCUAAAGAACUCCAGCCCCACAGCGGCGGGCGGCAACUCCAGCGGCGCCCACGCUCACUCUGAUGGACGCCUUCAUCGCAUCUGCCGUCAUAAGUAUUGCUCUACCCGCCGCGCCGGGAUGUCGCCCACAGGAUCUACCGGGCCGCAGGUUCUGGCCACACCCAACGCCCGGACAAUAAUUUCUUACCCUGACAUCCUGUGCCACACAAGACAUAGCCUGAAUGAACCUUCGGUGCUGGUAAAAGAAAGAGUCUCAAAAUCUGAGUCUGUCAGCCACAUCUUUAAAAGUAACGUUAAGGUGUCCUGGUGACCUUUGUAAACUCUAUAUCCUUACAAUUUUAUUACUUUUCAUACCAGCGUUCAUUACAUUUUAUGUGUCCUAGUAAAACAUUGUUCUUUGCUAUGUAAAAAUACAUUGAACAGAUAUUAAGUAAUAUGUCACAUUGGACCGUAACAUCUCAAAUUAUUUUAAACAUUUAUUUUUUUUGGGCCUUGCGAUUUCCACUAACCAAAGUCAUACUACAUUGGGUGGACAGCAGUUUUAUUUUAUAGCAUAGUAGAGGCGUCUCUAAGAUUUGUGUCACCCGGUGCAUCUAAUGGCACCAGCCCCAAUCCCAAUAAAACUUUUCCAAAGUAAUUUCCGAAUAAAAUCCUUAUUGUUGAUACAAUAUAAAUAAAAAGAUCCAUUUUCAUACAUUUAUUAGAACACAACUAUUAAAUGUGUCACCGAUUCUUUUUUUUUUAAGUGGUGCCCCUAAAAAAGGCAAAUCUGUUAUUAGCUUUGUGUAGCCUGUCCGUCCGUCUGUCUGUCCGUUUGUAAGUAUUUCUGUCCGUCCGUCCAUCUCGUUUAGAUCGCAAAAACUAGAAAAGAUAUUGAAAAUCCGAUAUCAUAUUUUAGAUUUUUCAAAGUCCUGGUGCAAUGGCUACUUUUGGUCGAUUCUAAAAGCUAAAAAUUAUUUUUUUUUAAAUUAAAUAGGCAACCAGUAUUAUUUCAUAAAAAUACAACAUAUUUACUAUUUUUUAUUAUUAAUAGAAAUAGUAAAUCUGUUAAUAGGAGAGACAACAUUUCUGUAUAUUUUAAAACGAUUAUGCAAACGAUCUUUUCCCCUAUAACAAUGCUGUAAAAAAUAUUUGUAUUGCUAAAUUAAUAGUUAACUGUUAUACAAGCUAUUUACAUUGUAAAUCAAUUGUUUUAGUUAUAAAAGAGAAAAAGCUUUUAGUAUGUAUAUAGGUCGAAAGUAAUUUAAAACAUUUAAUACAAAGUGUUUCCUGUUAUACACGUGAAGGGCAGUGUUGCAUCACGUAUGAACAACAAUUUGUUAUUUAACUAAAUGGAAAAGUGAAGAUGGAGAGGCUGGCGCUUUAGAAAAUCAUCAAUUAGAUAAUCUUUCAAUAACAUCACUUAGGUCAGAUUCACUGGUCAGAUUCACAGCGAACCAUAUCUUUACAGCAAUCAGAUCAAUGAAUAAAUAGGAAUAUUAACAAUGUAACAAUAAUAGCAUAUAUAGAAUGUGGUAUUAUAUCGUCAGUCGACCUGAUAGCACCAUAAUAUCCGCAACACUUUCGAUACGUAGAUUUCUCUUUAUGUAUGUAAGUUGAGAUAAAUUGUGUUUAUUGAUAGUCUGUAGUUCAUGGCUUCUGAUAGUCAUGCUGAAAAAAUUGAAACAUGCCAUUGUACCUGCCCGAGUGGUCCACUUUGGGGGCUGUAUCCGAGUUUCUGUUUCAACACAAACCAUCUUUCUAACCUUAUUUUUAAUCAGUUGCUUCUGUCAUUAUAUCGCAUUGGUGUCACGUGUCACUAGUUGCGAUCAGCACCCCCACUUGUCUCUAGCAGCACAACUCUUAUAUAAAAUAAGCUAUUGAAAAUUAUGUAAGUAAUUUGUAAUAUGCACGACCUCAGUGACUGUAUUCAAUUUGAAUGAAAAAUAGUAAAUAACUAGCAAAUAAAUGUGUUUCUACGGAGAGUCACGAUCCACAAGAAUUAGGAAAGACUUACAAGCUUGUCUUAUCUUCAUAACUAGGUCAAUCUUUAGUGAAAUACAACGCAUCCCGCCCCUGACUCUAACGGUCGAUAUGUAAACCAUAAAGCAAUUAACAGCAUCGAGAGACGUAAAGACAAGAUAAUCUUCAAUGUAUGACCCACUUCUAAAAUCUCUUUUAUUUGUUUUAAGUCUUGGCCAGAACGGCUUAGAGAUGAUGCAUGGAGAUGUUAAUUGAUUGGCUCUUUCAAUAUAUAUCAUAUUUAUCUAUAUUUGCACAUAGAUCUAUGUACAUUCAUUUUCAAAUAAUUUGUAAUUCGUUUUUUUUUUAAAUUUCUGUAUUUAUUUUAUGUUCGUUUUAUCCAUUUUUCUUUUAGUUUUACAAACAUUUGAAUGUAAAUAGUACUCGCGCCAAGUCUUUCAAUAACUUCUCUAAGCAGACGUCAAAAUGCUCAUUGUUGCUGUCUGCUGUACAAAGUCUGCUUGACACUGUAACUAAAGAACAUUUCGACUACAGUUUUGUAGUCCAUUCUCGCGAUGUUGUUAAAAGAUCUCUACUAAAUGUUUUCGUGAAAUGUAUGAAAAGCAAGACCGCUUAUCGCAUUAGAAGUAAUUGAAGAAUAAUUACUAUUUAUUUAGAAGCUUAAGAGUUGGCAUCUGUACAUUAAUACCCAUGUGCAAACAAUGAAAAUCUGUUACAAGCUUGCAGUCAAGAACUCUUGUCUAGCAUGCUGUUAUUUGUAUGAUAAUACUCUUGUUUCAUCCUUCAACAAUAAAUGCAUUGAAGAACAAUAGAUAUAACGGAUUGACUACAGAUACAAUACGCUUAAUACAAUACAAUAAUCUUUGCACACUAUAGUCAAGUUCAAAUGUAGUCUCAGAUCUGUCCAGUUUAGGUUCAUAGAUUGUGGACAGUAGAUAAUAGAAGGAUAGGAAAUUAAGUCGAAUUGGGGAAGCAAUCGCCACAUAAACAAUCUGUUUUCUUGUAUUGACAUAUUUCUAUUGAAACUAUCACUAUUCACUCGCUGUUUUUAGUCUCAGUGGAAAUACAAAAUUUAUUCCUUUUUUUUAUAUAUACGCUCAACUUUCAUCUAGACUUUUGCUCCAAUUAUGAGACAAUGACUAAAAUGGCAAAAAUAUUUCAUUACAGACACAUUUUUGAAUGAUUUGACAUUCUGAAUAUUUAAAAAAAAAAAAGGUUGCAGAACAAACAUUGUGUAAAGAUUUUUGAGUCUCCAAUCAAGACAUUGUCUUUCAAUUUAGUACAUUUUCUUCAUUCUUCAUUCCCAGGAGACAAAGACAUAUUACUGAAUUUGAACCAAGUAGACAACAUAGAAGAUAUAGUAGUACAAGAAAAUGGAAUUCAAAAACUAUUAGCCAACACCAAACCAAAUAAAGCUUCUGGACCUGAUGGUAUUCCAGCUAGAUUACUCAAAGAACUAAGUAAUGAGCUAGCCCCAGUGUUCAAAAUACUCUUUCAGGCUUCACUUAACCAGGGCAGAGUACCAAAGGACUGGAAAGAAGCUAAUGUCACCCCCCUAUUUAAAAAAGGAGAAAAAUCUGACCCAGGGAACUACAGACCAGUAUCACUUACCAGCAUCACAUGUAAAAUCCUAGAACACAUAAUAUGUAGCAACAUCAUAAACCACUUAGACAAACAUAAUGUCCUCACACCAUACCAACAUGGCUUUAGGAAAUAUAGAUCAUGUGAAACACAACUAAUAGGACUAAUUGAUGAUUUUUCAAAAGGUUUAGAUAAUAGUGAACAAAUAGAUGCUAUCUUACUAGACUUUUCUAAGGCUUUUGACAAAGUUCACCACCAUAGUUUGCUUAAAAAAUUAAAAUAUUUCGGCAUUAAUGGUCCACUGCAUCAGUGGAUUAAAGACUUUCUGAUAGGGAGAGAACAAACUGUAAUAAUAAAUGGCUCUAAAUCAACACCGAUAACAGUAAACUCAGGUGUACCUCAAGGUACAGUCUUGGGUCCACUACUAUUUUUAAUUUACAUAAAUGAUUUACCAAAUUGCAUUAGUUCAGGAACAAAAGUCAGAUUAUUUGCAGACUGUUGUACUUAAUAAUAACAAUACCAUGUUACAUUCAAAGCUUUAUUUCACUGAAUGACAAACAACUACACACAUAGUAGAGUUCACAACACGGACUACGAAAUACGGUCAGUACACAGGUUAACAAGUGUAACAAACACUAAGGGGUGACAAUCCAAAUAAGCAAAUUCACGACAUUCACCCCACGUUUAAAUUUUAUACAUAUAACACAACAUUAAGUAGUCAAAGCAAAUACAAUGAUUAAUAAAACAUAAGCAUCUAAACACAUCUGCAAUACUGGUUAAUAGCAAACUGUUUAUCAAACACAUUAGUCUAUUAUACAGCAACUGUUUAUCGAACACAUCAGUCUGUUAAACCCUGUAGUUGGGUCUUGAUUUUCGUUCUCUUAGGUUGUAUCGGCAGUUUGGAUCGGCAGUAUCAGUACAAUCAGUAUCAGUACUAACAACAUUACUUGGUGACUCGAUGGUAGGGGCUUCAACCGGGUCCACUUCCCCCGAAAGGGGUGGUUUGGUUGUUCGGUUAACAGGAGGGUUCAGAGAAGAGUUCUCUGUGUUGCUUUCUGUUUCGCUUUGAAGUGAGGGUGUCGCAUUCCUGGGGGAACCGUCUCUCAGCACAGGGGGUCUCACAUUCUCUGUGAAACAGUCUUUUUCUUUGGGCGCCAACAAUCUUAAAGAAACUGUUUCUUCUCGGCCCGUAGAUGUUUUGAUAAGAGCGUAUUGAGGGUUGCUGUUCACCAGCUCUACCUCCUCUGUUAAAGGGUCAUACUUAGAGGAUCUAUUAUUUCUUUUUAACAACACGGGGCCAGGAGAUGUUAACCACGUUGGUAGGGAGGUUCCAGAAGUACUUUUGCGAUAGUAUCCAAAGAGUCUCUCGUGUGGAGUUUUAUUCGUCGCCGUACACAGAAGUGACCGAAUUGAGUGCAACGCGUCUUGCAAUACUAGUUCCCACUGAGACGUACUCAAGUCCUGGGAGUGUAAAGCUAAGGUUAUAGCUUUCCAAAGGGUACUGUUCAGUUUCUCUAUUUGACCAUUUCCUCUAGGGUUGUAAGCCGUGGUCCUGCUCGUAGCAACUCCUCUUUCGUUAAGGUACUUCUGUACUUCAGCAGACAUAAAGGAAGUACCUCUGUCGGUAUGGACAUAGGAAGGUAGCCCGAAUAAGGCGAACAACUCAUUUAGGCAUUUAAUAACAGUAGCAGAUGACAUAUCUGGGCAUGCAAAGGCAAAAGGAAACCUAGAGAAUUCGUCGAUCAUGGUAAGCAGAUAUUUAUUGCGUGAGUUGGAAGGGAGAGGUCCCUUAAAGUCCAUGCUUAUUCUUUCGAAUGGCUGAGUGGCUUUGAUUAAUUGUCCUAUUGGCGGCUUGAAGAAUCGAGGUUUAAGUUCAGCACAUGACUGGCACUGGUCGAUCACUGUUCUGACGUCAUCGGUGGAAAAAGGUAGAUUUUUUGAUCUCACAAAAUGUAGCAUUCUUGUUACACCAGGGUGACACAAACUAUUGUGGAGUAAUUUUAGGUCGUUACGUGACAUUGCGGAUAAGUAGCGAUUUCUGCUGAAAGUGUCAGCAGCAGUGUUCUGUGUACCUGGUCUGUAAACGACGUCAUAGUGAAAGCAGGAUAGCUCUAACCUCCACCUUUGGAUCUUCUCAUUCUUGAUCUUGCCUUUAUUUUGUCUACAAUACAUAAACGACACGGAUCGCUGGUCUGUGACAAGGGUAAAUGGUCUUCCAAUAAGAAAGUGUUUCCAUUUCCUCAAAGAUUCUACUAUUGCAUACGCUUCUUUUUCCACUGAUGAGUGCCUUCUUUCGCUUUGCGAUAGUGUCCGGGAAAAGAAAGCCACAGGCCGGCCAUCUUGAUUAAGUGUAGCUGCUAUAGCUAUGUCAGACGCAUCUGUCUCCACUGUUAGUGGGCGAGUGUAAUCAAUGGUGUACACGGCGGAUUCCUCGAGCUCGUCCUUUAGGUUCUGGAAUGCUUGUUUGACUUCCUCAGGGACAGGAAAUCGUUUAUUUCUAGCUAAGAGGCUGAUUUUGUCUGAGAAGUUAGGAAUCCAUAGAGAAUAAUAAGCCAGCAGACCCACUAUUCGUUUCUGUUCUCGCAGGUUCGACGGAGCAUUUAAUUCCCGCAAGGCUGUGAAUCUUUCAGGGUCAGGCUUGAGCUGACCUUUAGAUAUUUCGUAUCCCAGCAGUCUGACGCUAUGUGUUCCUAUCUCACUUUUAGCUUCGUUGAAGGUAAUGCCAUACUUCUGAGCUACUUUGAAGAAUCUCUGCAGGUUUCUAUCAUGAGAUUCAUUAUCAUGUCCACAGAUGGUCACAUUGUCCACAUAAGCGAAUGUAUUUUCUAGUUGCUCAUCUUCGAUUAUUUUAUCUAUGGUUCGCUGGAAACAAGCCACUCCAUUUGUAACUCCAAAUGGAAUUCUUCGAAACUGGUAAAGUCUACCCCCAGCCUCAAAAGCUGUAUAUGGCCUUUCUUCUUCUUUAAUCGGGAUCUGAUGAUAAGCAUUUUUGAGGUCCAGAGUGCUGAAGACAGAAAACUGUGAUAUCUUCUCCGCUAAUUCAUCCAUUCUUGGCAUGGGAUAGGCGUCUAGCAGCGUAUAUCUGUUGAUCGUCUGGCUAUAGUCAAUAACCAUACGUCUUUUGUGCCUCUCAUUGGAUGUUAUUAGAACCUGUGCCCGCCAGGGGGACUUUGAGGGUUCUAUUACUUCUUCUUUGAGUAGUCUCUGAAUCUCAGCAUUAAUAAA